AUGGCGACCAAACACAUGUUCGAUAGCUCCACCGGCCUCGUGGACCGCAACCUGCGCGGCACGGUGGCGCAAAACCCCGCUCUCCGAUACUAUUCCCCUCACAAGGUUGUCUUUGACCCUUCGCAUGACAACAAGAAGGUUGCCGUCAUUUCUGGUGGUGGUGCCGGUCACGAGCCUGCUCAGGCUGGUUUCGUUGGUAAGGGUAUGCUUGCUGCUUGCAUUUCCGGAGACAUUUUCGCUUCGCCCUCGGCUGCUCAAAUUUGUUCCGGUAUCGACCUGAUCAACCAUGACGCUGGUGUCGUCAUGGUGGUCAACAACUACACUGGUGACUGCCUCCACUUCGGUCUCGCCGCUGAGAAGGCCCGUGCUGCCAUGGCUUACUCUGGCAAGGAGGGCGGCGGUGUCGAGGCUGUCAUUGUUGCCGACGAUGUCGCUGUUGGCCGAAAGCGCGGUGGCCUCGUCGGCCGCCGUGGUCUUGCUGGUAACAUCUUCACCUGCAAAAUUCUCGGUGCUGCCUCCGACAAGGGCUACGACGUCAAGCGAAUUGCUGACCUCGGUCGCAACUUGAUGGACAACAUGGUCUCGAUUGGUACCUCUCUCGACCACUGUCACGUUCCCGGUCGUCCCAAGGGCGCCGAGGAGCGUGGUGCUCUCGCGGAGGAGGCCGCUGAGCUCGGUAUGGGUAUCCACAACGAGCCCGGGUUCAAGCACAUGGACAAGAAGCCCGAACCUGAGGCUCUCCUCGCUGAGAUGCUCCAGCUCCUUCUCGACCCCAACGACGAGGACCGUGCGUACACUCCCUUCAACAAGGACGACGCUCCCGUUCUCUUCGUCAACAACCUCGGUGGUAUGAGCCAGCUCGAAAUGAACGCUAUCACCGACCUUACUAUCGAGCUGCUCGAGAGCAAGUGGGGCCUGCACCCUUGCCGCGUUCUCUGCGGUUCUUACAUGACUUCGCUCAACGCUCCCGGUUUCGGCGUCUCGCUCAUCAACCAGAAGCGAUUCGAGAAGAACACUGGUCAGAGCUUGCUCGAGCUGCUCGACUACCCCACCACUGCCUACUCGUGGCUCGGUGUCCAGAGCGGCUGGGGUUCUGCCAGCGGCCACCCUCGAGACCGCAAGGCUGAGGAGAAGGAAGCUGCAGACCACCUCCAUUCUGUUCGCAAGGCUGGUGGAUCGGUCAGCGGUCUCGCUGGCCCCGGUGCCUCGUCCAACGGACCCGUCAACCCCAAUCCUGAGCUCGUCAAGAAGGCCAUCAUCGCUGCUUGCGAUGCUACUGUCGAGAUUGAGCCCACCUUGACUCGGUACGACACCAUCGUCGGUGACGGUGACUGUGGUGAGACGCUCGCCCAGGCGGGUAACGAGGUCAAGAAGGCUCUCGAGAAAGGUGAAAUCCCUGUUGACAACGCCGCCGGCACCCUCAUCGCUAUUGGCGAAGUGCUCGAGUACGCGAUGGGAGGUACCUCGGGUGCUAUCUACGCUCUCUUUUUCGCUGGUCUUGUGCAGUCGUUGCUCUCGAACCCUAAGGGCACUCAGGCCGAUUCCAAGGUCUGGGGCAAGGCCUCGCUCGAUGCGCUCGAGAACUUGGGCCGAUACACUCCUGCCCGUCCAGGAGACCGAACUCUUGUCGAUGCACUCGACCCCUUCUGCCGCGCUCUUGGCGCUGGCAAGUCGCUCACCGAGGCUGUUGAUGCUUCAAAGGUGGGUGCUGAGAAGACUCAAGCCAUGACUCCACGUCUUGGACGUGCUACAUACGUGGGCAGUAAGGACGCAGGUGAGAUGCCCCCUGACCCGGGUGCGUGGGGUAUCUGGGCUCUUGCUGACGGUCUCCGCAAGGGACUUGGUCAGUAA